CUCCGUUUCCGUGGCAACCGUGUGAGCGUCCUCUGUGGAGCGGUGUGGGGAGCGCGGCGUGCUAAAGCUGCGGAGAGGAAAAAUAUGUCCAUACUCACUUCUCCCGGGGGGAAGGUUGAAGUGGUUCAUUGCCGAAGAACAGAAUCACAGGAUAUUCAAUGUAUCAAAAACCUCAUUAGAAAAUUUACUCAGAAGCUAUUUGGGAGGCUUAAUAUCAUCUAUCUUCUAGAAAAGGCAAAUCUUGCUGUUACCCUCUGCAAUGACAAGGAGGAGAUCAUGGCUCAUGCCGCCUUCUUGGAUUAUCCCAAUUGGAACGUGGCCAAACAGGAUAACUGGGUGUCAGUGUUCCACGAGCUCGACAGCGAAAUUGCUUGCACACCUCUGAACACGCUAUUUAUGCACUUCUUCGUAGCAGUGGAUGAGUAUGCCACAGGCUGCUGCAAAGAGAUUAUUAGGACUGUGUUUAAGGCCGUACCAGAACUGCACUUCAUAUUCCUCAUAGUGCCCACGUAUGUCAGCAUAGGCUCAGCUCUGAUAACUGUAUUUGACCAAGUGGGCACUGUUCCAUGUCUGACGUAUGAGGAAGACUUUGCGGUGCAUAUAUGUCACAGGCAUAGCCACUACCCUCGGCUGCACAUUCGCAAGGCCAGGGUUGAAGACCAUGAUGAUCUCAUGCCAAUUUUUAUGCGCUAUGACCACACUGUGAAGGAAAUUUAUGGCGAAUACUUCCUGGCUGAACUAAUAGAGGCACAAGAUGAAGAGCAUCAUACUGUCGUGUGUGAGGUGGAAGGCAUGGCUGUAGGGUUCAUGAGCGUGUGCUCAAGAGUGAACUUACCUCUGCUGCAUAAGUGCUUCGAACUGGGCCCUUUCCAUGGAUUCUGUGUUCCACAUCCUGAUGAUAUUCUGGAACCAUCAAGAGAAGCAAGUAUUCAAGGAAGUCAAGAUGCUGAGCACAAGAGUGACAGCCAAGGUUCUAAUAAAGUAGCUGAGGAGCCAGGGGAUGCUACUUCUCCAGAAAUUGUGGAGAUGGGCCAGGAGAAAGACACGGAACAAUCUGCAUCCAAGGAAACUGUGUCAGUGAUCCUCAGUGGACUCUCUGGUGAAGGGCAGGACAUAGAAGAACGUUCCAGCAUGCUUUCCAGUCCUGAUGAGGAGGAACUCAGCCCUGGGUGCUCAACAGCAGCAGCAUCCUUCCUAUUCCCGGAGGAAUCCACUCACUUCCACCCCAUCUACAUGGGAGAGUCAGAAGCAUUUUGUAUUCAGAUAUUUUUCAUUGAUGAGAAAUACGAGACGAGGUCGCUGGAUUUUAUGAAUUUUGUUUUCCGUCUUUUUCCUGAUAAGAAGUUUUGCUUGAUUUCUGUGCCUCCUCUCACCCCUGAGUUUGUCCUCAUCCAGAACUUUGUGAAGAUCGUCCCAUUCAGCAACUGCACCCUGGAGCAUGAUCUCUAUGUGUUCCAUCAGGCUGGAUUGCUCAGGUCCAUUAAAAUAAGAUUAGCCACAUUCUCGGAUACUUCUGGUGUUGAAAAUCUUGUCAGCACCCUCCUGCUGCGUAAAAAGAUACUGGAGGAUUUAGCCCAAUACAACAAGGCUUGCAGAGACCCUGAUGGAACAGCACUGCAGGUAUUUGUUGCUGAAGUCGCAGAACAAAUAGUUGGCAUUGCAGUGAUCAGAAAAGAAAUGGAUAUAGAGUACAUACGAUCCCAUUACAACAUUGAGGAUUUCAUCUGCUUCAGCCACCACCAGCAAGAAGAACAUGGGCGCUUGCACCACUUUGUUCUGAAUCCCAUUUUCCAGCACUACUCAAAAUUUUUCUUGAAGGAGAUCCUUCGGUUGGGCUAUAAGUCCUGCCUCUACUAUCGUGUAUACCCACAGUCCCAGGAAGGCAAGUUGCAGAACCUCUACUCCCACUCCCUGACAUCUGCCCUUCAUUACUUGGUUCCCGUGCGACCACGACGACAGAUUGUCUACCCUCUGGAAAAGCUUGGCAUAAACGCUCCAUCAAAGGAGGUCUCCAAGGAUCAGCUGGAUUAUGCCUUGUAUCAUACAAACAGAAAACUAACGUUAGAACCUAAAGUAAGCAUCAAUGCCAGAGUUGUUGUGGUUGGUGCAUCCAGUGUUGGAAUUUCGUUCCUCGAGACAUUAGUGUUUUGCUCUCACCUGAAGUUUAAUAAUCUCACCCUGAUUUCAACUCAUGGACUCCCAGGAAAAAAACUUUUGGGCAGUGAACAAAGGAAAUUUCUAGCAAGCGAUCUCUGUUUUAAUGAUAAAGAUUAUGCAUUGAUGUCACUGAACUCCUGGGUUAACGUUGUGGUUGGUAGAAUGACUGGCAUAGACCGAGCAGCCAAGCACGUCGUGCUUUCCAACAAUAAAAUCGUGUUCUACGACCACCUCAUUCUCUGCACCGGGCAGCAGUACCAGGUUCCAUGCCCAACAGGAGCUGAUAUUAGUCAACAUCUGACCAAUAGAGAGGUUCUGAAGUUCAGUAAGCUGCGAUACACUGGGCAAGUUCCCUGCAACCUUUUCAUUCUCAAUGAUGAGGAAGAUUGCUUUAAGGCCCUGACUUGGAUGAAGAGCAACUCCAUCUUCACAGAAGGGAACGUCAUUGUCUAUGGGAAUACAAUUGAUGUUUACACAACAGUGGAGACGCUCUUGCAUAUUGGUGUGAGGGGGACCUGCAUCCAUCUUGUGCAUCCCCCAGCUGACUCAAACAUCACCUGCCUCAACAACUACUCAGUGGAGAGCGCAGUGGGAGACGCGCUCAAAGCAGCCGGAGUGACUGUCUAUCAUGAUGCACUGUUAGCUCAGUGGAACGACGGCCUGAACCCAGACCCCAUCCACAGCGCAGGAUUCACCACGCCCACGAAACCUUUCAGACUGGAGUGUUUGAUAUUCUUCAGCUUCUGGAAGAAGAACGUGGAUUAUGAAACAUUUAAAGCAUUCAAUGAUGCAUGCCUUGUCUAUGAUGGCAGACUUGUAAUUGAUACAGACUUCCAUACCAAUGACGUAGCCAUCAGAGCUGCUGGCUCCCUCACUAAAUUCUCCAACAGAUAUUACUCAAAUGAGUGGACUCACAGCAACUUCAGUUCUAAAGAAAUUGGGUUUCAGCUGGCAGCAGCUAUGCUCCGUCUCUUUGAUCCAACCAUUGAACCUGUGACCGAGCCACCAGUGGAUCCUGACUGGCUCAUCCCGACGUACAAGGGAGCCAAGAUCCAAGGAGGCAUCCUUCCUGGGUCCUAUCAUUACCUGCAUAUCUCUAAGCCUGCCAUUCCAAGUCCUUUGGAGAUACAAAGGGCACAGCCUGAUUUUGGUUCAGAAAUAAUAACAGGUAAUGUGAAAGAUGGGACGUACUUCCGACUUCACAUUAACAAGUAUAAAAUGGUGGAGACCAUCACAUGCCUUUCAAAGGCACCUUUCCCAGUCUCCAACUAUAUACAAUUGUUUGGACAGCAUGAACGGGUCCUCAACAACCUAUGUAUUCGUUAUGAGGACAAGCAGAUCACAGAUCUCUAUAGCUACUUCACGGAGCCGUGGUGCAUGGCCAUCUUCCACGAUCGUUUUAUUGAUCUUAAGAAAGAGUUGCGCCAAAUCUUAAUCUCCAAGCAGGAGGAAAAUCUGCCUUCCAUGGAGCAGCUAGUCCACCAGGUAGAGGAUGAGGAAAUAAUCCUGAAUGAAAAGCCCCAAAAAUACCUCCAAAGGGCUUUUGAGGACUCCAUAUACAAAAAUCUGCUGGAGAGGGGCAUCCUGGACUACCUUCACCACAACAAGUACCACCUGCCCAUGUACGCGUGGCCCGGCAUCAUUUAGCUGCAGCUCGGCUCCCGGCUCCCAGGCACCACUUCAGUCUCUCUGGUCCUGGAAGUUCAGACAGAAA